UUCAGAUAAGUUACAAGUGUAUGGCCAGCCUGGCUGACAACUGAUGAGAGAUUGUGGUUAGAAAAGCCUGCGGAAACGGGAUGUUCCAAGGCUAUUCCUUCAUUUUCUCUCCCUCCUCCAGGAUCUAAUCCAUCAACUGUCUCAAGCUGGAGUAACCUGGGCUCCUUUUUCAUCCUGUUGGCAGACAGGGCACACCCCCACCCCCCAAAAUGCCUUAUUUUGCCUUGCUAGCUGGUCUGCUUGCUUUAUCUUUCCUGGCCUGCUGUGGGCGAGGUAAGCCCAUGGAGAACUGGGAGAGGGUGCCUGCCGUGGAAAGCACCAACAAAUUCUUCGGGGCGGCUAUGAAGGGGGAGGAUGACAUGAGCUUUGACUUCAAAAUGUUCUUGGAGAACAUGAAAGUGGAUUUCUUGAGGAGCCUGAAUUUAUCAGGUGUCCCUUCCCAAGACAGGACCAAAGUGGAGACGCCUCAGUUCAUGAUUGAUCUGUACAACAGAUACACCACCGACAAAUCGUCCACUCCAGCAUCCAACAUAGUGAGAAGCUUCAGCAUUGAAGAUGUUGUCUCCGUGUCCUCGACAGACAGACAUCCCUUCCAGAAGCACAUCUUACUUUUCAACAUCUCUAUCCCAAGACAUGAACAAAUCACCAGGGCUGAGCUCCGGCUCUAUAUUUCAUGUCAAAGCCAUGCUGAAUUGCCCCAUGAACUGAAAGGCAACAUUGCCAUUUAUGACAUCCAAGGUGGAACAGACUUCUGGGAAGGCACAGAGGGGACCAAGUCCUUCCUCGUGUCCCAGGUCAUCCAAGAAAGUGGAUGGGAAACAUUUGAGGUCUCCAGUGCAGUGAAACGAUGGGUCAGGUCAGACCCAACAAAGAACAAAAACAAACUGGAAAUCAGAGUGGAAAGUCACAUGAAAGGAUGUGAAAAACUAGACAUCAGCGUCCCCCCAGAUUCCAAAAACUUGCCCUUCUUUGUCGUGUUCUCUGAUGACCGCAGCAAUGGGACAAAGGAAACCAAGAUGGAGCUCAGAGAAAUGAUAGGUCAUGAGCAAGAGAGCGUGCUCAAGAAGUUGUCCAAGAAUGUUAGCACUCAGGAAGAGGAGGAAAUGGAAGAAGAAAUAGAGAAUUUCUCUGUCAGGAGACCAUUUUCAUCCAGAAACAAAAGAAGUACAACUCCCAAUAACCACUGCCAAAGGAGCUCCCUUAGAGUCAACUUCAAGGAUAUUGGCUGGGACAAUUGGAUCAUUGCCCCAAAGGAGUAUGAUGCAUAUGAAUGUAAAGGAGUCUGCUUCUUCCCUCUUGCCGAUGAUGUGACUCCAACUAAGCAUGCCAUUGUUCAGACUUUAGUGCAUCUCAAAAAUCCCAUGAAAGCUGGGAAAGCCUGCUGUGUGCCCACCAAACUGAACCCAAUUUCUAUCCUUUACAAAGAUGAUGUUGGAGUGCCCACUUUAAAAUACCAAUAUGAAGGAAUGAGUGUGGCAGAAUGUGGAUGUAGGUAGUACCUGAUCACCUGUCAAGCCAGAAAAGAGGAAAAUAUUGGCAUACUGUUCUAAGGUAGAGGGGGAGGGGAGGUACCAAAAGGCAUACUCUUGUACAAAGCUAUACACUGGUGCUGACAAUGUUAACUGCGGUAGGCAAUCUUGGAAAGGAGGAAAGAAAAAAAAUCUAAGACUCUAAAGAUGUUACAUGGAACUAGUUAUUUGGAAGCACUACUACAAUUGACCCUUUUAGCUAUAUGUCCAACAGGAAUAAGGUUGGACUUUGAAGCACCCAAAGGGGAUCUUGGGGAAACAGAAUUGGGUGAGGAGAAUGUAAAAAAAAAAAUCAGAGAAGUAGAUGCAAUGGGGGGUGGGGAAUGGGCAGGGAAGAUGGCGGGAAAAAAAGGAACACAAAGUCGAAGAGUUGAAUGUUAGCAGAAAACUAUCUUAAGAUUACUGAGUAUGAAGAGUGCAGAUGGAUCCAUAAUGUAUUAUAAUCUAUGAAAAUAAACAUGAAAGGGAAUAGGGAAGUAAGGAAUGAAGGUUUCACAUGGACAGCAGUGUUCCUAAGGAGGUCAUCACCUUGAUCUAGGUCACACUCCAUGUCAGAAAACUGAUUAACAGAUGCUGCUUUAUGGAAAGAUGACAAUUAAGAAUGUAUAUGCCAAGAAUGCAGAGUUACAAUUCAUUACCACCAGGCCCCACCAACACAUCAUUCAAUUACGAUUGAAUGUGCAGAUGCCAGCUGGAUGGAUCUGACUACAAAGUGGAUCAGGGGCAUAAAGUACAGUGAGCUUCAUGUGCCACAGCUGUCUUCCCAACAGAGCCCUUUCAAGGAUUUUGAAGCCCAAACUUUACCACUGCCAGGGCACAAAGGGGACCAGGGGCCAUCAAUUACUUUGGUUUCUCUGCUGGUCCACUACAUAGUCAAAAUGGAUAUUAUUUGUUAUCAAACAAAUCCAUUAUUUCAUACUCCUAAGGGGUAGCAGUGUUACAUGUUAUUGGAUAGUACGUGGGGGAUGGUUCAAUUCAGAGACUCCAGUUCCUUUCAAUUAUUUAUUCAACAUAGUUGACCUUGUAUUUUCUUUGUGCAUGAACUGGCUUUUUUCUUUCUAGUUUCCCUUUUGGAAGAAUUUAAAGAAUAGAGAAUGAAUCAGGCUUUAAUUCACUGAAAUAAAUGUGUGGGAGUUGGAGAUGUCAUGCUUUGGACAUGGUUAUCCAAGAUGUACCUAUUUUUACCAUCUUUGUGACACGUACUUGAAUGAUAAGUAGCCCAGUCUUCCGUCAGUUAAGGCUCACUCUCCUCUGAGGAACUCUUGGCCUUAUCUCGCCUUUCUGAUAAAAAAAGAAGCUUUGCCUUAUGCAGCCCAUGCUCAGUAUCUCUUCAAGCAAUAGGCAGUGGAAAUGCUAACAUAUGUCAACUUCCUUUCUGGGUUUCUUAAGAGCAGAUGGCUUUUUUUUCCUGAACAGUCUUAUUAGGAAAAAGUGAAAUUGGGAAGUUUUAUGUUUCAUCAAUUAAUUCGGUCUACUUUUCUGACAUUGGAAUUGACUAAAUAAAUGGGCUGUCUGUCAGAUUAGUUUGGGUAGAAUCCCAAGGUGCUCUUAAGAAUUCUGAGAUAGUCCAACUGAAGCUGCUGACCAUGUGGUUUUAAUAUAUACCAAACUUCAUUUUCCCUACCUUGAUGGGGAAAAGGGAGGCAGGGCAGAGGAGAGGGCUUACUUGCCAUCAUCUCCCUCAACCUCACUAUCACCUACAGGAUUUAGGGUAGCAUUUCACCUACAUGUUACCCAAAUCACUCGUACUGAAAGGUAGGGCAAGGACAUGAGAGAAAAGCAGAGGAGGAAUGGCCAAUAUAGAAAGGACACAGUUUGGGAAAUUAAGUGGCGGUGUCUUCUGGGAAUGUUAGAAUGCCAUCUUACACAAAUCCUUACCUUACUCUCUAGAUAACCAAGCAUCUAUUCAAAGCAUUGAUGUAUUUUGAUGAAGGAAGGACCUAAACAGUAGCUGGACCUACUGACCAUUUAAAUAAAUGCUUAUGUUUUAAACCAAA